AUGUCACCAAAGGGAGGAAAAGCAGGGCAGCUCACGAAGCAUGUUUUAGAGAGCGUAUUACCCUCACGGGGGAAGUAUAGUAGUUUAGAGGGUGAUAACGAUAAUUGUGGUUUUAAUUCUAAAAACUUAAUGGAUAAUGCCUUAGACAGUUAUUCGAGUUUAAGUGAAUAUAUAGGCAAAAUUGCAAAAGCGCAGUGCUGCGCAGCAGCACUGGGAGGAAACAGCUCAUCCGAAAAUGAGUAUUGUGAUUACCUAUAUUUUUUCACGGGGGAUUUAGUACUUACUGGUUUGGAUGACACUAAAUUUAAGAAGGCUAUGGAGGACAUCUAUCAAAAAAUGGAAACUCAUUUGGACAAAUUCAAAUGUACGAAUAAGUACCCCACGAUUACCAUACAGAACGACGAACUUUUCCAGAAAAUGAAAAAAGUACAUGACUACUAUAGGGAUUAUGAAAGGAUAGAGUACUACAUAAAGAAACAUAAUUACAUGUGCGAUGACACUGUUAGCUCAUAUUUGGAAGAAAUUAAGAAAGCUUACGAUGCUAUAAGUGGAAAAUGUCCCAAUCAUGAUGGAAGUAGUGAUGAACCAUAUUGUAAUGAUUUUAAUAAUUGGUUCAGGGACACGAAGUAUGGAACCCUAUUACAGAAGAAGUGUCUAAAGGACGAGGAAGCUGCGCUGCAGGAGCAAGCGGUCAGGGGACAUUCAUCUACACAUAGUGGUCAGGGGAGCGAAAUAUUGGGAGGUCGUGUCUCUGGUGGUGAAGGAAAAGGUGGCUCCGAUGGUGGUGGUAGUCACAGAGGAGAUGACGACCAGGAUGUUGUACUUAUUGGUGAUGCCGUCGACACCGGUGCAAGUGGUGUCACACCUGGUGCUGUAGCUGGUGGUACCAUUGCCACCAUAGGAUUACCAGCAAUUGGUUUCUUUUUAUACAAAUAUACUAAUCUAUUUGAUGGAAUAAAAAACUCCCUCUUUGGUGGCAGCAAUAACAGCAACAACAGAAGAGGAAGAAGAUCUAUUGGUCGACGUCAACACAUUGACGACACUUUCACAGAGAAUGAUUCUUCCACACUAGGAGACGACGGUUCCACCACCCUGGGUGGUGGUGGCUCCUCCACCGAUGUUUCUACCAUAUAUAAUGAACCACCUCGUCGAUCAAUCGGAAGAAGGGAAAGGGCCGGAACAAAUAAUAGAAGACCAGGGAAUAUACGUUAUUAUGCGACGUAA